AUGUUUGACUGGACCGGUAAGAAUGUUGUCUACGUGGGCAGCUUCAGCGGCAUUGGAUGGCAGAUGAUGAUGCAGCUGAUGCAGAAGGACAUCAAGAUGAUGGGCAUUAUGCAUCGCAUGGAGAACGUUGAGAUGAUGAAGAAGCUACAGGCCAUUAAUCCGUCCGUGAAAGUGGUCUUCAUGCAAAUGAACCUCAUGGAAAGGAUGUCGAUCGACCAGGCGAUGAAGAAAAUGGGUCAAAUGAUGGGCCACAUUGAUGUGAUGAUCAAUGGCGAGGGUGUCCUGCUCGACAAGGAUGUGGAGACUACGAUGGGCAUGAAUCUGACUGGCAUGAUCCACUCGACCAUGAUGGCCAUGCCCUACAUGGACAAGACACAGAUGGGCAUGGGUGGCAUGGUGGUUAACAUGUCCUCUGUCUAUGGCCUGGAACCCGCGCCCGCAUUUGCCGUCUACGCCGCUGCCAUGCACGGCAUCCUCGGAUUCACCCGCUCCAUGGGCGACAAAAUGAUCUACCAGAAGACCGGCGUCAUGUUCAUGGCCAUGUGCCCCGGACUCACCAACAGCGAGAUGAUGAUGAACCUGCGCGACAACGUUACCUGGCACCACUCCGAGUCCAUGGUGGAGGCCAUCGAGAGCGCCAAGCGGCAAAUGCCCGAGGAGGCAGCCAUGCAAAUGAUCCACGCGAUGGAGAUGAUGAAGAACGGCAGCAUGUGGAUUGUCAACAUGGGCCAGCUGAAGGAGGUUAUGCCCACGAUGCACUGGCAGAUGUAAAUGGCUUAGUUGAGCGAUUAUUAAAUGUGUGUGUUAUGUUUAAUCAUUUGAAAAAUAUAUGGAAAUAUUAAGCCUCGCA